AUGUCGUUUUCAAAUAAAAAUUUUAAAAAAAUUGUUUUCUGUGCUUUUCCCUCUCGUUUUCCAUCAGCCACCACCACAAAGCACAUGAAGGACUUCAUCAGAGCUGUGGAGAGCAUUGAAGCUGUGAAUCCAGGUCUUCAGAUGCUGGAUGUGGUGAAAGGUCUGCGUAAGGCUGCUGGCCUUGAAACCGACCUCAUCAAGCGUUACCUCGGCGACCUCAGUGAUGCACACGACCUUGUGGCAGAUCCAUCAGUCACUUCCUACGUAAGCGAGGUCAUUAAUCACAGCCUAUCACAGUUGAGGAAGGAGGAAGGUGUGGUUCUCACGUUAGAUGGUUCAAAUGUGGCGUUGGCCUCAAUGCUCCUCGGACUUGAGGCUGGGCUGCAGUCCACCAUCCAAGGCCUUUACCCUUUAACCUUGACCCACAACCUGGUCGCCUCAUUUCUAUAUCACGUCCACAAUGAGCAAACCACUGUUCCUUUUGGCACUAAAGGGUUCUGGGAUAGCAUUUCUUCCCCAAAGGUCUACACUCUCUCUGAUUUGCCCUCCUUGGUCACAGACGCUCUAAUAAUCGGAGGUAUAGACGGGUUCAUUCUCGGCUCAGAAGUUUCCACGUCUAACCAUCGUGAGCGAUCACUGAGUGACCUGCUGAAGAGUUACUACAGCCAGCAGCCUGACGCCGCAGGGUUGGACGCAUCGCCCCGUCUGAUCAGUCAGAAACGAAGGAUGAACUUCAAAAAGCUCGUCAGCUUCUCUUUGCUGAAAAGCCAGAUGGUCCAGGCUCUAACAGUUCGCCGCAACUUAAACGAGUCUGAGAGGAAGAGGCUGGAUGACGUUAUGAGCGAAGGGUUUGACCAGUUUGUCCAUGUGUAUGCUGUCUGUCCCAACAUCAUUACAAGGUCUCAAUGGGGAGCUGCUGCUUUCAUUGGUUCUCCCUCCUAUCUGUCUCUCCCUGUGCCGUACCUUUUCAUCCACCACACAUAUCAACCCUCCAAGCCUUGCACCACCUUUGAUCAAUGUGCCAGUGACAUGCGCUCCAUGCAGCACUACCACCAGCAAACCAAUGGAUGGUCUGACAUUGGAUACAGUUUUGUUGCAGGUUCUGAUGGAAACCUGUACGAAGGCCGAGGCUGGAAUUGGAUCGGUGCCCACUCUUACGGGUACAACUCCAUAAGCUAUGGCGUCUGUUUCAUUGGAGAUUAUACCUCCACCCUCCCCAUCAAGAGUGCGAUGGACAUGGUGCAGUACGACUUCACAAGCUGCGCUGUGAACGGAGGCCGACUGUCCUCAUAUUACAACUUAUACGGACACAGGCAAGCCGAUUCCACAGAAUGCCCAGGAAACUCCCUCUACCGUGAAAUCCAGAAUUGGGCUCAUUGGGAGAGCUAUUUGCCUUGAUGACUGUGGCAUCAACAAUGAACAA